UACCCAGUGCAUAUACAUUAUUAUGCAAAACCGCGUGACUAACUAGAAGUGUUAAUCUCUUUCUCUUGAUCCUCACGGUGGCUCUGAUUAACAAUGUCAUUGCCAUCUCUAGUUAGAAGACGUUCAACUGCGGAAAUAAGGAACUUGGCCGCAGUUUCCAGCAGCCUCUUACCAGCAUUUGGCACCGUUUUGAAUGAAGGUAACACGAAUCUAAGAAAACAUGUCAUCGCUCCCUAUGACCGAAGAUAUAGGUUGUGGCAAAUGUUCCUAGUGGUAUUGGUGGUUUAUUCAGCCUGGGCUUCUGCAUUUGAGCUAGCUUUCAGAACACUGUCAGUUGGGUCAUUGUUGGUGGUUGAUCUAGUUGUGGAUGUGUUCUUUGCAAUUGAUAUAGUUCUAACUUUCUUCGUGGCUUACUUGGAUACUUCAACUUAUUUCCUUGUUGAUGACCAUAAGAAGAUUGCUAUUAGGUACGUCAAGAAGUUACACUUUGCCAUGGACCUGGCUUCUACUGUGCCAAUUCAGCAGAUAUACCAACUUCUGGCAGGUAAAUCACACGGAAAUGAGUUCUUUGGUUUCCUGAAUUUGCUUAGACUCUGGCGAUUAAGGCGUGUUAGCGAACUCUUCACGAGGCUAGAGAAAGACAUACGAGUUAGCUACUCGGUAACAAGAUUUUUUAAGCUUGUAUGCGUUACGCUAUGUGCAGUGCACUUCGCAGGCUGCACGUAUUUCUGGUUGGCGGUACAUCAUAAAAAUCCUGAAAACACAUGGAUCGGGAAGCAAAUGGAGGAUUUUAAACAUAGAAGUGUCUGGUUGGGUUACACUUAUUCCAUGUACUGGUCAAUGGUCACUCUUAGCACUGUUGGCUAUGGAGAUUUACAUGCAGAAAAUUCAAAGGAGAAGCUUUUCAAUAUAUUAUAUAUGCUGUUUAACAUUGGCCUCACAGCAUAUAUAAUCGGAAACAUGACAAAUCUGGUGGUUCAUAACUCUGUCCGAACCAUUGCCAUGAGAGAUGCCUACAACAAAAUAUUACAAUAUGCAAGCAAAAACAGACUCCCAGAAGGUUUGAAGGAGCAAAUGUUGGCACACACACAAUUGAAGUUCAAGACAGCAGAGUUACAGCAAGAACAAGUGCUACAAGACCUGCCUAAAGCAAUUAGAGCCGGCAUUGCUCAGCAUCUUUUCCGCAAUGUAGUUGAAAAUGCAUAUUUAUUUAAAGGAGUUUCUAAUGAUUUUAUCACACUGCUGGUAACAGAAAUGAAAGUAGAAUACUACCCAUCUAAGGUUGACAUAAUCUUGCAAAAUGAGAUGCCAGCAUAUUUCUACAUUUUGGUGUCUGGAUCAGUGGAUGUGUUGAUAUACAAGAAUGGGUCUGAAAAGUUCUUGCACAAACUAGAACCAGGAAGCACGGCAGGAGAAAUCGGCGUGAUGUUUAAUAGUCCACAACCUUAUACAGUGAGAAGUAGAAGGCUCUCCCAGGUUAUACGAAUCAAUCAUCACCAUUUCAAGCAGAUGGUGCAGCCAUUCAGUGACGAUGGGAAGGCAAUCAUCAACAACUUCAUUCAGUUUAUGAAAGGUCUAAAAAGAGACGUGCUAGAAGAAAUACCAUGCGUAACAGAAUUGCUGGGUGACCUGAAUGAUGAGCAUCUAACACAAACGCAGGGCACACACAAUGAAGUUAGAAGUCAUGAAGAUGAUCCAUAUGAAGAAGGGAGAACAGAAAGUUCCAAUCCACAGUCAAGCCCAGUCCCCAUCAGAGUCAAAAUCUACGGACAUCGUCCCAAUGAAAACGAAAUGGGAAACGGAACAACACCGAAGCUCAUACUUCUCCCAAAUUCACUCGAGGAUCUUUUCAGAGUCGCAGAGAAAAAGUUUGGAAAACGCGGAAGCAAAAUUGUUAUGGCUGAUGGCUCAGAAGUAGAAGAACUAAGCGCCUUAAGAGAGAACGAUGAAUUAUAUAUCAUCUAAUGAUCACAUCAGACAGAAAUUAACGAAACAGGAUAGGAUUGCAAUGUACAAAAAUGAUAGAAAAUAUGCAUGGAAUUUUGAAACGUAUGGAGUUAAAUUUCAUAUAUAAUUAAACAGAAGCAUGUAGAAUGAUACCGUAGAGCGUUUUAAUCUCUGUUGAGCAUGUCAAGAACAGCAUAAGCAGCUUUCUGAAAAUGAUCCUUCUCUUCA